AUGGACCCAGUUGCUACUCACAGCUGCCAUCUCCUCCAGCAGCUGCACGAGCAGCGUAUUCAAGGCCUGCUUUGUGACUGUAUGUUGGUGGUGAAAGGAGUUUGCUUUAAAGCACAUAAGAAUGUUCUAGCAGCUUUCAGCCAGUACUUUAGGAGCCUCUUUCAGAAUUCUUCAGGUCAGAAGAAUGAUGUUUUUCACUUGGAUAUUAAAAAUGUAAGCGGCAUCGGGCAGAUCCUGGACUUCAUGUACACAUCGCAUCUGGAUCUUAACCAGGACAAUAUACAAGUCAUGCUGGACACGGCACAGUGUUUGCAAGUUCAGAAUGUUCUGAAUCUGUGUCACACAUUCUUAAAGUCAGCCGGUGUAGACCAGCCACCCAGCCUGCCUUGUCACAGUACAUUCUCCCUGCAAAGUGCUUUGACUCCUGAUGCUAAUUGUGUUAUCAGUGAAAACUACGCCCCUCAUUUGCUGCAGGAGUGCUCAGCAGGUCAGGGUAGAGUUGUGGAUGAAUCACAUUCUCAUGCCCCACCCUCAGUUGGUCUUCAUACUUCCACAGCUGAAACCUCAAAACAAGCCCCUGACACAUUAGAUGGCAGCUGCACAGAACUGCCUUUCAAACAGCCAAACUAUUACUACAAGCUCAGAAACUUGUACAGUAAGCAGUACUAUAAACAAGCCACCUGUCCCAGUCAUGAGAGAAUAAUCAAGCAGCCUUUCACUUUCAGCACAUCCUCAGACCUUCACGCCGCGGAACACCAGCCCUGUGCUGUUGGUCACGCCGAGUGUGUCCUGGAGUCCUCCGAGCACUUGCCUUCCAACUUCCUGGCCCAGCCUUUGAGUGAACCUACCCCAGACCCUGAGCCAGACAACGCAAGCCAACAACCUACCAGACAGAUGAGGCUCAAGAAGGCCAUUCACCUUAAGAAGCUAAAUUUCCUAAAGUCACAGAAAUCUGCAGAGCAGACAUCUGAACCCAAAUCAGAUGACAGGUUAACCAAGAGGUUAGAAUCUGCCAGUGACCAUAGUGUAGAGAAGGUUAACAGCCAAAGUGCUGAAGAAAAAGAAAGUGAAGAACUCAUCAGUUCUGAGAAUUUUAAUUGCAUGAAUGAGAUGGAGAGGCCCGAAGACACUGCGGCCCUGGAAGACCAAUCCCAGACACUUCAGUCACAGAGACAGUAUGCGUGUGAAUUGUGUGGAAAACCUUUUAAACAUCCCAGCAAUUUGGAGCUUCACAAACGGUCUCAUACAGGUGAGAAACCUUUUGAAUGUAACAUUUGUGGGAAACAUUUCUCUCAGGCUGGUAAUUUGCAGACUCACUUACGUCGGCAUUCUGGGGAGAAACCAUACAUCUGCGAGAUCUGCGGGAAGAGGUUUGCAGCCUCUGGUGAUGUCCAGCGUCACAUCAUUAUUCACUCAGGAGAAAAACCACACUUGUGUGACAUCUGUGGUCGAGGGUUCAGUAACUUCAGUAAUUUGAAGGAGCACAAAAAGACACACACGGCUGAUAAAGUCUUCACCUGUGAUGAGUGUGGAAAGUCUUUUAACAUGCAGAGGAAGUUGGUAAAGCACAGAGUUCGGCACACGGGUGAGCGGCCUUACAGCUGCUCUGCCUGUGGAAAAUGUUUCGGAGGAUCCGGCGACCUCCGCAGGCACGUCCGCACUCACACAGGGGAGAAGCCGUACACGUGUGACAUCUGCAACAAGUGUUUCACCCGCUCUGCCGUGCUGCGGCGGCACAAGAAGAUGCACUGCAGGGCCGAUGACCAGGGGCAGGACACUCUGGAGGAGCUCACGCAGGCCAUCGAGACCUCGGACCUGGAGAAAUCUCAGAGCUCGGAUUCUUUUUCUCAGGACGUGUCCUUGACUUUGAUGCCCGUGUCUGUUAAAAUCCCCGUCCACCCAGUGGAAGAAGACUCAGCGGCAGAAUUUGACGGUCACUGUAAGUUCCGGUCCCUGGUUCAGUCUCACGGAGCGAGUGAGCAGGAGAAGCUCAGCUUGGGUCCCCUCAAGCUUGCCAAGCCUCACGGGCCGCAGGCGCAGCACCAGGCCUACAGCUACUCAGGCGUGGAGGCCUCGGCUGGCACGGAGCCGCUGCAAGCCGACGGCAUGGCCGCGAUCCGCUCGUCCCUGGCUGCCCUGGACCAUCACUGCGCCGACCCCCUGGGCAGCCGCGCGUCCGCCCCUGCGUACAGGAACUCGGAGGGACAGUUCUUCUCCAGCAUGACCCUCUGGGGGCUGGCGAUGAAGACGCUGCAGAAUGAAAGCGAGCUGGACCAGUGA